GGGGAGUAGUGUUAUCUUCAUCACUUCUGCAUUUCUGCUUAGAACUGAAAAAGAAAAUGGCGACUCCAAUUUCCAUCCAAUUGAAUCCUUCAAUUCUCUCAUUUCCAUCAAAUUCUACAAAAGCUCAAUUCUUUCAACCCAAUGAUAAAUUCUUGCUUAAACAAAAACUCAAUUCAUCUUCCCGCCAAUUCUCCUCCUCCUUUCUUCAACAACAGCUCCCAGUGCACCAGCUGGCUUCAGCUCGAUUGGUGGCGGUGGCGGCAGCAGCAGCAGCAGCUUCUGGUGUUGUUGAAACUGUUGAAGAUAAACUUCCAGCUGAUCUUCAUGUUACUGAGACACAGGAACCCAAUUCAAGGAUCAGAUUGACUGUAGAAGUUCCAACUGUUGUAUGCGAGGAUUGCUACAAAAAAGUCAUAAAAGAGUUCAUGAGACGUUCAAAGGUUCCUGGAUUUCGUCCAGGGAAGAAUGUUCCAGAAGAUAUCCUUGUUGGCUUUGUCGGGAAGCAAAAUAUUCAAAACGCUGUAGUUGAAGCUAUUCUGAAAAGAACACUUCCACAUGCCAUGUCUUCGGUUACCCGAAACGCAUAUGAAGACUCCAUCCGCAUUGUGACCAAAUUUGAAGACAUGGAAAAGACUUAUCUGUCUCUGAAUUGCUUGAGGUAUGAUGUGGCUGUUGAUGUGGCUCCUGAAAUCAAGUGGAAACCUGACGAUGCAUACAAGAAUAUUAAGGUGGUUGUUGAGCUUGACAGCGAUAUGGAUGCUCAAAGAGCUUCAGAAAAAGAGUUGAUACGGCGUCACAAGUCUCUGGGUGCAUUGAAAAUUGUUACUGAUAGGGGUUUGCAGGUUGGUGAUGUCACAGUGAUUGAUAUAUCAGCAACUACGAUUGAGCAAGAUGGAUCAGACGCUAAAACCAUACCAGCUGCAGAGAGUAAAGGUUUCAGUUUUGAUACAGAAGAUGGAGAUAAUGUCCUUCCCGGAUUUCGUGACUCAAUUAUUGGUAUUAAACGAGGUGAAACGAAAUCAUUCCCUUUGGUAUUUCCAGACUCAUGGAAACAAGAAGAUCUUCGUGGUGUUCAUGCUCAAUUCACUGUUGCAUGUAAGGAACUGUUCUACAGAGAUUUGCCCGAGUUGAAUGACUCGAUUGCUGAAAAGCUUCUCCCAGGAUGCAGCUCCAUUGAGGAGGUCAAGCAAGCGUUGCUACAAAGAUGUCUUGAAGUUGAACAGGCAGCUAAAGACCAAGCAACUGAUAAUGCCAUCCUUGACCAGCUAUACAAGAUGGUUGAAGUUGAUAUUCCUCAAUCUCUUUUCCAAGAGCAAGGAAGACAACUCUAUGGAGCUCAACUUUUACAAUUGCAGGCAAAUAUGAAACUGAACGAACAGCAGCUGGCAUCGUUAUCAAGCCCAAGGGCCGUGAAUGAGUUCCUUGAGACACAAAAAGAAAAUAUAAUAAGUAUCAUAAAACAAAAUUUAGCUGUUGGUGACAUAUUUACACGUGAAAAUUUGCAGUUUUCAACAGAGGAGCUAGUGAAGGAGGUUCAGAACUCAAUUCAAGAAUUCCAACAGCAUCAACAGGAGUACGAUGAGGACCGAGUUAAGCUACAGGUACAAGAGGUACUUGAAGGGGCUAAAGUACUUGAAUGGCUAAGGGAAAAUGCAGAGAUUCAGUACAUAACUAGGUGAAAAGACAGAAAAUGUUCAAUGUUCACUGAUAAGUUUCAACUUAUGUUGAUGCUUCUGAGAACUCCGUCAACGUUGGUGUUCCCAAAUUAGUCAAAGAAUUUCAGCAACUGAUGUGAUAAAUGCUUCAAGCAAGUUUCAGCAGUAUCAAUUUUCCAGAACUUAUAUUGCUGCACGAUUGUUGGCUCGAGCUGAAGGAGCUCUGCAAAAUCUUGAGCAUCUUUUUUGAUCUUCAAAUUCAAUAUCCAGGAUGAUGAAUCGUCGCCUUUUUAAAGUUGGUGAACUGAAACUACACUUAUUUGAGAGGCACUCAAGAGCUGUUUAUUUGUAUACACUUUAACCAAUUCAUUUUUAA